GGGUGGCCUAUUUAUUCCCUUAUUAUUACUAGUAGCUUUAUUCACUCCGCCUGUAUAAGGUACCGGAAGUCGGGACUUCUGGGGUGCGACGAUCAGCGGCUGAUCACCGCGGACGGCACGUCAGCGAACCUACGCCACGUCUGCACACUCCUGCUGGUACCCUACUACUGCACCACUGCUGCUACUGCUCCUGCUGCUCCGUCUGCUCUUCUGCUGCUGCUGCUGUUUGCUGCCGCGUUGUCGUGCCAUUCAUUUCCCGUCAGCAACCUACACUACCUCCUACGAGGUGCCCUGCCUGAGACCCUCCUCGUCCUCCUUAUGUCUACUACCACCUUCAUUCCUCGAUACCCUCGCUACUCCUGUAUGGCAGUGGCAGCAUGGCAGCCGCGACCUCGACGAAUGCGGACCCGCUGGGGCAACCCGCGGGGUUGACACUGCCCCAACGAUGGACACCCUCGCUCCCCACCAGCUUGAUGAGCUUGCUGAGCCCCUUCGCCGCCGCCGCCGCCUCCUCGCCCACCGACAGCAAUGGCAAUGGCAAUGGCAACAGCAAAACCAUCAGCAACGAUCCCAAUCCCCAACCCGAUCAUUCCGGUAACGCCGCCGACCCGGACGUGCCAUCAGCCGCACCGCAAUCGACGCCGAAACGACCUAUCCUUUCCGCCACACAGUUUAGCAAAAUGUCCAUUGAGCAGCCACCUUCUCCUAGCAGGAGCAGUGGGUCCAUCAUGUUCGCGGAGCCCGACGCGAGAAGCACCAGUGAAGAGGGCUCGCGCGACGGCAGCAUUGACGAGGUCAAGCGCUACCGGCGCAGCAUGCGAUCCAAGACGUGCUACAGCCUGUGCCAUCCCGUGCCCGAGUCCAAGGUCAAGCAGAAACUGCAUCGCCAGCCACGCUCCCUCCUCCAACUGCAUCGAUUGCAGCCGAAUGCGCGACCCCUUCCGGCACUGGAGGUCAUAUCGUCUGCCAAUUUCAGUGUCCGGUUGACCCGCUCCAUCACCAAGGUCUUUCAUGCUAAGCAUGGCUUCUGCGCCAACGACCUCGUCGUGUUGAAGGCCGAGAAGUAUGGCACGCAGGAUGAGGAGCCAGAAGCUCGAGAUGUGAUUGGGAUGAUCUGCAAAGGCAGCAGAGAAGAGCAGAAGUCCGGUAGCGGCCGGAUGGCCAUAUACAUGGCAUCGGGACGGCAAUGGGAAGCCUAUUCCAUUCCUACUGGCGGCUACGAGUGUUGUACCACUGAUGAGCAUGGUCUGAAGGAAACGGUGCGGUGGGUGCCCAAAAAGGCCAAAGAUGGAAGAGGUGCAUCCUCGAAUGCCACGCGAAAGUUCAACUUCAGCACCAUCUCGCCUCACACGCGCCGACAUCCGGUGAUAGCAAGUUUGCAAAAGACCGGCCUUGAGAUCAACGACACCUAUAAGAUUCCUGACCCCUUAGUGACGACUCCGCUGGGCACGCCGAAGACCACCGCGACCGCGCUCGAGGACGCUUUUGAGGAGGAGAACAUCAGCGGCAACCACGAAUGCACCACUGAUAAUGCCACUCAAGAGAUCAUUGCUGUGACUGCGAUCUGGGUAGCCAUGCGUGAAGGCUGGUCGCCGAGUAUCAAGUGCGACGAUAAACGCGACUCACUUGGGAUUGAUCUUCCCAGCUCGCCAGCAAGAGCUGCUACUGGUCCCAUCCUGAGUCCACCUGGGUCACCGGCACCCCAUGCUCCGCUCGACAACCGUGCCAGUGUCCUGAGUUUUGGUUCGGGCAUUAUUCGUAAAGCAAGUUUGUUGAGUAGAAGUAAUCGUAAUAGUAUGAGGGAAGAGUCCGAUGUCGAAUCACUCGCCCCUAGCAGAAGCGCGAGCAUCAAUCUGGCACAGGCUGGGAGAUCGCGAGCAGAUUCUUCCGCAACUGUUCUCGUGCAUCGUGCAGCUAGCAACCGCCGCAAGAAGACUGAAGCUACGUUGGGAUUCCGACCAGAGCCUACAGGCGAACCUCACCUGGACGAGACUUCGCGUGAAGACUUGGCUUCCAAUUCGUCGUCGAACAAAGGAUCACCUGCUGACACACCCGCGAAACCUCGACCCUCACCUUCGACUCGAAUCACUGCAUCGGAGGGCGGGGAGAAUGCGUCUCCAGCGAAGAGACAGUCGCGAUCGGUCACGCCUGAGGAUAAAACUGGACACCGAUCAUCAACUACUACCAACGGUACUAUAAACACGAUGCUUGCAUCACAACAGAGACGACCGAGCCAUGCUAUGCCCCAGAUCAGGAGCAGGAGGAGAGCAAAAGUGUGGAGAAGGUUGCUUUGUGGGUCCAAGAGCAUCGAUUGAUGGAGUGCAUCUAGUUGGGCACAUGGGGGCAAUACACGAUAAGUUCGAGGUGUGUACAGUAUCGGCUGAUUCGUUGGAUAGCGUGCACUGCAGGAUGGUCAUUUUUGCAGCACUAGAAAAACUCCUGGGACAGUGACUUGGGAUCAUGAUGAUUGAUCGUGCAUUAUUUUUUUUCGGUUGGUUCAGCCCGUGGCGUUUUGACAUGGUCAAUGUACAUAUUGGGACCAUUAGUGAAAUAUGAAAGAAGGGGAUGCUCAACUCCU